AUGAAUCACUUCCCCACCAUCCCUGGCGGCGCAGGCGGUGGCAGCGGCAGCGGUAGUGCUUCCGCUAGCACGCAUGCAAGCAUGGAAGGAACAGCCUCCGCAGCCUCGCACGCUGAACGUCCGUCGUCCGCAGCAGCAUCGUCGCUUCCAUUCAAUCCGACGUCGGAUUCUCAUCGGCACGGCUUGGGUUUGUUCAACGGUGACUCUCACUCGUCACCCGCAUCCCAAUCUUCCGCUUCUCUAUACCAUCAACACCAGUCCGGCCGACCAGCUCCUCCUUCGCACCAAAACCAGCACCCGCCGCAACAGUCGUACGUUCAGAACCAACAACCGCAACAGCAGCAGUCACAACAGCAUCAUCGUCAACAAACCGCCUCUAUAAGCAGCACGUCCAACUUUCGUUACGAAUCCACAGACAGUGGUCUCACGCCUUCCUUCUCAAGCAACACCAUCGUUUACAGCAGCCCGAGCUUCGUGAACGACCCCUCCGAAACGGCAUCGCAGUCUGUUCACGCAUCCACGCCCGUGUCAACAAAUGCUUCGAGCCAGGUUCUUAUCGCCAGCAUCGUCCAGAGGUUGGUGAACAAGCUGCCAUGCAACUCGGGCUGGCGCCUUCAAGUGGUCGAGGAGGACGACUUGGUGCGCUCGUGCGUCGUCAAUCUCAUCAACCUCAGCCGUUUUCAACUCGGCUUCGUCGUCAAGGAGUUGCUUGGCGCUAUCGAGCUGCUCGUCAAGCAGUCGUCUCAACAGCGUCUCGAACACCAAGCCGGUAUUGGCAUGCUCCACUCGCAGCUCUUCAUCCUCAAAGUGCUGGUCUCUUGUUUCAAUCACCAAUGGCGCAUCGCCGAGGGCGUAGCCAACACUGCCCGUCCUGGACUCGAUCUGCUUUCAUCCAGGUCCAGUACCAAUGGCCACGACGACGACGGGAAUGGCCAAUUGAGUUCGACAACAGCAUCCGGGUGGACUGAUCCGCCACCCAUGGACGAUACGCAGGCCAAGCACGUUCUCAGCGUCAUGACUCUACUUAUCAAGCAGAACGUAGCGCGGGAUGAUCCUAUGUUUGCUUCGACCCAUGAAGGUGUCGAAUCACGGCCCUCUUCCAAGAGCGAUCCUGCUGCUGCUAGCGCUAUGGCCGGUCGCAACGCACCGUCCGAGCGGUCGCUUCGAGACCUCAGCCUCCGCGACGCCACUUCGUCCGGCUUCUCCGCUGGCAAGGCCUUCAGCCCACACACAAGCUCAAGACUGGCUCGUGAACGAGAUGAUCAAGAUGCUCGCGAAGACGCUUCCGCCGCAGGUCUCGGCGACAAAUUGUCAGAAGUCUUUAUGCCGAGCUCCCUCUGCCUCGCAACACCCACCAGCCUCCACAUCCUCUACCCAUGCUUUCCUCCUACACGCUCUCCGUUCGAUACGCCGCCGAGCAUCGACUAUGCCGAUUUGGCCAGCGCGGCUGCAGCUGCCGCUGCUGCCGAAGCGGCUGCCUCGCCUGACGCAGCCAAGGCCAGUAAGUCCGAAGUGUCUGACAUAAGCCCGACCGCCAAGUUCAAUGCCUCUUCCUGGACCACCACCGCUUUCAGCCCAGACGUCGAGGGCUUUGACACUUCCAGUAACCUGCAGACACGCAUCUACCGUCUCGCCAGUCAGGUGGUCUUCCACCUCAGCUCGAGCAAUUGGGUCGUGGUCAAUGCUCGUCUUCGCAACAGACUCUACUAUCUUAGCUCGACAAUCGAGGAGGCUCCGAGCACCGCCGAACUGCGCCUUCUCGAAUGCUCCAACUUCCAACGGUCACGCCUCGCCAACAUCUUGCAGGAAGUCGGCACCUCGUUUCCCCAACUUAAGCGCAGUGCCCAGUACACGAUCGCUUUGACACUUCGGCGUGCCAUUUGGUCCUGGAUCCAGUACCACCCUGCCGAAUUCGUCAGCCUGGCCACCAACAAUCGUCGCUUCGAAGGAAGUCCCGACGUCGUCUUUGACCAGGUUUAUGCUCUGGCCGACAACACAAAGCGCAAGAUCGCUUUCUGGCCCUUGCUUACUUCUCUCCUCAUCCUCUGUCCGGACUUGGUCGGCAGAGCUGCUGUCGGAGAGAAUCGAAAAGCCAGCGGCAGCCUUGCAAAGAAGCUCUCUUUCAUCGACGGCCUGAGAAAGUCUCCCCGCAAUCCUGCGCUCGUCGACACCGCGACGCUCUGCUGCGUCGACCUCUUCAAAGCUGCUGCGACAGUGCCUCGGUCCGAGAAUGGCCUCCGCCUCAUUGUCCAUGAUCUCGAAGCUGAGCUCAAGGAACGCCUCUUCGAUCCCAAGCGACCUCUCGCCAGUGGCAACAAGCCGAUCGAGUUGACCUUCAUGAUCGACUUGUUCGCUGCGCUGUUCCGACUCGACCCGCAGCGCACGAUCCGCGAGCUGGUGCCCGUCUGCAUGAGCCACUCGAGUCCUGUCCACUUCAAGACUGCGCUCGUCAAGGCCUGCGUGCUGCUCGCAAGCGAGCGACAUCGUGUGCCGUGGGCUCCUGACGUCAGCCUCCUCUAUCCGCACAUCUCACGCUCGCUCCGCGCUUUCCUCCGAGAGACGGUCUUCCGUUUGCCGCGCUUCGACGAUCGGGACAUUGCGCGAAAGCGUGCAGCCUCGCGUUCGGCUUCGUCGAGCCAAUUUCGCAACAUUUCGCUGUCAGUCUCGGCUGCCGCUGCAGCGACCAGCGUAGAGGAGCUGGGCCGCCUGGAGCUGCUCCAAUCGAUCCUGCAGCUGUGGACGCUGGACAUCUCUGCUCUUGCGCAUGGCAUCGAUCACAAGCAGGACAGCGCGCUAUCAUCUCUCUCGGGCGGCACCUCACCCAUCGAUCGCGAGACGGUCUUCAGUAAUGCCGUGUCCGUUGACAGCACGCUCGGAUUCACGGCGGCCCUGUGUGCGCUAUUCGCCACACCUGCCGAGUUCGCCACGUUUCGCAAGAGCUUUGCUGCCCUUCUGGGUCGCGUCUACCAUUCUGGUUUGAUCGAUUCCAGGUUCGCCGACUUCUGUAACCACCAACGCCGCGCUGCUGUCUCGUGUCUGCCCUUCUUCUUCACCAUCAUCACCAAACAGCUCAUGUCGGCCGACUCCUCCGAGAUGCAACGCCACUAUUUGGAUCUCUUGCGACGCUCGCAGCAACGUCGCGGCUUCUUCAUCAGUCAGGACAAGGACUGGCAGAUCACAGUUCAAGCUUCGUUCUAUCCAACACAGCGCGAGCGCAAAUUGGAAUAUGUAUGGGUGCAGCUCGUGACGCUUCUCAUGAUGUGCUCCAGCGACACCGAGGUGUGCUCGAGCGCCAUGCAGUGUGCACGCGAGCACGCUCAGCUCACCACAGCGAUCAGCGAUUAUUACGAUCCGCUGUCCGAAGAGUGGCUCCGGCUAUAUACCGACUUGGCUGACCCAAGCUUCCUGCAUACGGGUCGUAUCGCACAGCAGAAGCGCAUCCGAGCGCUGCUGCGGGACAUUGAAUCUCCUUCGACGGCCAGCUGGCUUGCGUGGAAACAGGCCUACGCGCGUUGGUCCAGCUUCAUCCAGCUCGUGGCUCGGCCCAUUGCCGAGGACAGCUUGACGGCACAGGACAAGGCAGCACAGUGGCACAACUAUGCGGGCUUCCUCUGUGCGUUUGGUGGCGCUUGCUUCUCGGCAUCCGACAUCAUUAGCUCGCACAUCGAGCCGAGCAUUGCAAAAAUCUUACCCCAGUUCUCCAGCCCCGACAAGCAUCCCGCAGCGCUGGUUGAACGCUUCGUGCAGGAGAUGGUGGAUCUGUUGGUGUCGGACUCGCUCUGGGUCCGAGAAAAGGCCAAGGAGACGUUGGGCGUCGAUUUGGGCGCCCGUCUGGUCGGAAUCCUGUUCCGCCAGAUCCACGCCGUGCUCAGUGACUUUUUCGACAAGGAGACAGGCUAUCCAAAGACAAGCGACAUGUACACCGUAUUUGUCGAGCAGAGCAUCGGUGUAGUCACCAUGGUGCUCAACCGCCUCGAUGAGACGAGAGCCUCUUCGUCGACGUCCAAGGUCGACAUCGGCUCGCUCAUGGUGUUGUUCGUCGAGUACGCCAACUCGCUGGUACGCGACGAGCAAGCGCUGCGCAUCAAGACGGCCAUGUGCCAGAUGUGCGAAAUCCUCAUGCGCAAGAAGGAGGCUUUUUCCUUCUCUAACGAGCUGCGUGUCCGAAAUCGUCUCUUCCAAGCGCUGACUACCUGGACCUCAGACGGUGCGGAGGAUGGCUCCACGUCGAGCUCUGUCGAUCCGCUCGACCGGCUGCACCGCGAGCUCGACGUGGCGUGCCUGAAAUGCAUCUCGAUCCUGCUGGACAAACUCCCGCUGCUUCUGGCGGACGAUGCUCUGCUCCUCGAUGACAAGGUGGAAGGCGCCAAGACACGCCACUUCGCAAUGUACUUUGGCUACUUUCUCAAGAUCCUUAAUCGGACUCGGCACAUCGAGGCGGCAACGACCGUGCGAACUCGGGCUCUCACCGAUGCAAAGCCGAUCGCUGGCGCCAAGAGCAUCAAGGCCGAUGUGAGUCGCGAUUUGGUCCCGAUCCGUGAAUCCGCUAUAGUCGCGCUUUCGAACCUGCUAGCGUCCAACAUCGACAGUGGACUGCACAGCUCGCUUCCCCUGGCCUACAAUGAGGAUCCACGCAUUCGCACCGCCUUCAUGCAGAUCAUGACCAACGUGCUCAGUCAAGGCACAGCCUUCGACGAGCUGGAGCGCAUGAGCGCUGCUCGCAAAUCAACUCGUUUGGUGGAUCUGGUCUGCCAAGACGAUCUGCAGCUCGCCCUCACCAUCUGCCAGGUGUGUCCUGGUCGAGACGUCGAGCCCAUGAGCGUGCUCUUGCUCAGCAUGUUUGACGCCAAGGGCGGACUUAUCCGCUUCCUCAAGGCAGCUGUAGAAGAAGAGAUCCAGCGUACCGCGACAGAAGAGAUGGUGUUCCGCAGCAAUUCGUUCUGCACCACACUUCUGUCGACGUUUGCCCGUACGCACGGCUACGACUACCUGCGCUCCAUCAUGGCGCCGCUCAUCACUGAGUUCGCUCGCAAGCCGGCCGGCUUUUCGGUCGAGAUGGAUCCGUCGCGCGUAGAACCUGGCGGGAGCGUGCUCAAGAACCAGAGCGCUCUUGAAGACAUCGCGCAGACCUUUAUCGAUGCCAUCUGCUCUUCGGCGCAUCGUGUGCCGGCGGUCUUGCGCGAGCUGUGCCGUCACAUCCGCACCGUGCUCGAUGCGCGCUUCCCUGCUUCCCGUUACCAGGGUGUCGGCGGCCUCAUGUUCCUGCGCUUCAUCAGCCCCGCCGUAGUUUCGCCGCACAUGAUCGAUAUCAAUCUGACGGGCCCCAGCAAAGACCUCCGACGAGGACUCGUUCUGAUCAGCAAAAUCCUCAUCACGCUGGCUAGCAACAACCUCUUCUCGGGUCACAAGGAGCCCUUCAUGACUGGUCUCAACGACUUCCUCAAGAGCAACGUGUGGAAGGUGACGGCGUUCCUCGACCAGGUCUCGGAUGCGCGCACCGAUCCAGAUCGCAUCUAUGCUGCCGACCAGCCGCUCGGAUUUGGCAUCCAUCCCAAUGUGUACGGCAUCGAUGACCGCGAUCACAGAAUCCUACACAGGUUCCUCUUCGAUCACGUCGACAAGAUCGGCAAGCAUUUGGCAGACCGUACUGCCGACUCGGUGGCAGCUCAUGAAAGUCUUUCCGCGUAUGACAGCAAGAGGCAACAGAGUGGAGACGCCGCAAGUCUGGUCUACGACGACCUCUGCGACGCGCUUGCCGUCUCGGGAGAGCCAAAGGGAGAGGACCUGCCCGAGCCGUCCUUCAGUGCUGGCAACUAUCAGGACUUCAUCCGUCGACACGCAGGCCGCAACAUUGACGAAGAGAGCUACCGCGACAUUUUUUACGAGGGGCCGGCCUCUCGUAGCGGUCGACCGGUGCUCUACUACUCCAUGCACAAGCAAAAGGCCGACACCAUCGACUUCGAGGGGCUCAUCCUCUAUAUCCUGCAGACGCUCGAGACCUUCGCCUACCGCCAAUUCGACAUUGUCUUCGACACGACCGCUUGCCACCCUCUCAGCGUGACGCCGAGUCAGUGGCUGCUCUACUUCAGCUCGCUGAUCCCUGCUCCCAUCUUGGCUAACGUCGUCAAUGUCUUGUUCGUCAACCCCAACACCACUGCACGCGUCGAGCUGCAGUUCUGGAGCACGGCGACCUACAGCGAAUCGGCGCUCAAGCACGAGAUCGCAGAUCGCCUAACAUCCAUGCAGAAUGUAGUGCAUUGCUCGACUCUGUCCAGCAUCGAGACAUGGAUCGAGCUGCGAAACCUCGCACUGGACAGAGCUACCAUGUCGAUCCUCAAUUCGCCCGUCGAAACGAUCUACGAUCAAGUCACCCUGGUGUGGUAUUACCGCACCUUGACGCCGGUCACAUUCAUCGUCGGCAGCGAAUACCUACAAAUCCAGGGGCUGAAGCAACAAGACUGGCUGCCCAACGUCACCGUACAGCUCAACGAUGUCUUCCACCUGUCCGACAUUGACGACGUGCGCUCUAUCUCGAUCCGCGGCGACGACAACACGUUCUUCCUGUCGUGUCGCAAUGGCUCGAUGAACUUUGUCUUCAACAGCCGCGAGCGAUCCGAGGUCGUUCAGGCACUCCGACAGGCCAAAGCACGCGUGUCCAAAUUCCGCGCCAGCAAUGCCGUCGACCGCGUCUUGCGUCCCAACGAUGUGCCAGGCACGUUGCUCAACAUGGCGAUGCUCAACAUCACCAGCAACGACGCGGCUCUCAGGUUGAGCGCCUACAAUCUUCUGUGCGCGCUCUCGACCUCGUUCAACUUUGGUGCGAGCAGUGCCAAGAAGCGGCUGCUGAGCUCGCGAGGUCUGACGCUCCCCGCCAACACAAUGGCCUUCGUCACGGAUCUGAGCAAGGACUUUGCAGUGGCGGCGCCGGGCGUUACGCUGGAAUUCCUUCUUUCGUUCUUCGAUGGCUUCGACCGCGCCGCGCCCAGUCAAAAGACGGUGUGUCUGCACUACCUGUCCCCUUGGCUGUCCAACCUCGUCAUGUUCGUACACAGCUCGCGCGAGCAGCUUCCAGAGAACCACCGACGCAUCAAGGAGAUCCUCAAUCAGUUGAUCAGCAUCACGACCAAGCAGCCGGACAUGUACGGUGUCAUGCAGCGCUGCGUGUGGUCGCAGCUCGGCCGUCUCGACGACCUCGUCUCGACCUUCUUGGACGUGUUCACAGAGGCAGCGAUGGACUCGGGCCUGCACACGGAGCGCUUCGAGGCGGUGUUGGAUACGAUGGUCUCGUUUGGUUCGAUCAACCUGCGCGGCAAGUUGCUGUCCCGAUUGCGGAAGGUCGUGGCCAAGACGGCGCAGAAUCCGGUCGUGUCGCAGCUGCAUCUCAACGCAUCGUGGAAGGAGAUUGCGACGCUGAUGCGGAUGAACAUGGUGCUCUCCUUUACGAACCGGGUCGAAACGCUGCUGUAUCUGCCCGAGCUGCUGCACGUCAUCUUGCUGCUUGCCGGCAAUGGUGUGGAUGCAACGCGGCAUUCGAUCUACGGCAGCGCCAUCAACCUCGUUCACUCACUCUGCACCGAGGACCCACGCGAGGCCAGGAAGCCAGAGGAAGCGAUGCCGCGGAGCGUGGAGGCUGUGGCCAAGCUGCGUGUGUUGCUCGAGCGGCUAGCCGAGCCUGAGUCGCUGAAGUUGUUCGGCUUGCCUGUGGCGUCGCAGGUCGGCGGCUCCAGUGCGGCAUCUGCGACCUCGCAGGCGGUGGUGCGCGAGACGCCGGACAAUGCGUCGAUCGAGCGUCUCGCUACGCUGAUGUACGAGGUGGCUGAUGUGGCUGCCCCGAACACGGACGCCGCUAACAGCUGGCGGGCUCGACUGGCGAGUUUGGUGACGAGCACGGCAUUCCAGUACAAUCCGAUCAUCCAGUCGCGAGCGUUCGUGCUGCUGGGUUGCCUGGCUCAGGGCGAGAUCGACGACGACCUUCUGUAUCAGAUCCUCGUCUCUCUGCGAGGCUCGAUCGCCGAGUGGGCGAGCAGCAGCGCGGACAUGCCCAUGAUCAGCAUCGUGACGUGUCUGAGCAAGGUCGUCAAAAUCCUGCCAACACGAUCGCGCUAUCUGCCACAAAUGUUCUGGCUCGGCAUUGCCAUGGUGCAGUGCGGGCAUGUUCCUCUCUUCAAGGCCGGCGUAGAGCUGAUGCAUGCCACGGUCGACACGAUCUGGGAGCGCGACAUACUUGCAAGCCAAGGCAACGAGCUGAUCUCGUACCUGUUGGACGCACGUUUCGAGUUCCGCGAUCUGGCAUGCAAGCUGGACGACGAGACGGGUGUCGACUUUGACAUUAACUUUUCGUUUGGUAUGGCAGCACUUUUGGUCAAGGGACUGCGCCAUCCUACCACCAAGGAGGUGACGACCCAGCUCAUGCAAGCCAUGCUGCAUCACUGCGGUGUGGAUGGUCAGGGCGAGCGACGAUCCCAGAGCGGACGAAUCUCAGAACGACAGCUGGGCUUUUUUGUGGGUCUGCUGCCCACAGCAACGCGACCGGAAGAGUUCGGAGAGCUGCUUUCAUUGGCAGGCGUCGAAGCGAGCGCGUGCCAAGCGGCCGUGGAAGCACGCCGAUCGGGAUACAAGGGUUUGCAGGAGUACCUGGAUGUACUCAACAACCGCAUCGCUCUGCUGCUGGUGACGCUUGUCGCUUCGCUGCUGCAGCACGCCGAGUCGGACGCGGAGAGACUGCUGCUGUACGGAUUCCUCAACGAAGCGGCGCGCGAGGUGCCUGCCAUCGUCAGCAUUCUGUACGACAGCCUGGCGCCGAGCAUGAAGGACAUCUUCGUCAACUGCUCCAACGGCGCAAUCCUCGAUGCGGUGCAUGGUAUCGCACAAACCGCCGUAAGCCAGCCGCUCUUUGCAGCCCAGGCACGCGAGACGGCCAAGCGAGGCGGACCCAACGCGUACCUCGCCGAAUCUGGUUACGGCAGCCUGCUGGGAUGCGGUGCGUUCGUGCCUCUGAUGGAGGGACGCCGACACGUUCUGUGCAAGCUCAGCAUACAGCUCGUACUCGGCCUGACCGAUGUCGGCACCACAUGA